AUGUUUCGUUUACCCAGCAUCAUGAAGCAGGUGAGGCCUGUGAGCCGAGCGCUGGCUCCUCACCUCACAAGAGCCUACGCUAAGGAUGUAAAGUUUGGGGCUGACGCUCGAGCCCUCAUGCUGCAGGGAGUGGACCUGYUGGCGGAUGCUGUGGCUGUCACUAUGGGCCCAAAGGGACGCACAGUGAUCAUCGAGCAGAGCUGGGGCAGCCCCAAGGUCACAAAAGAUGGAGUGACGGUGGCCAAAAGCAUCGAACUGAAGGACCGCUACAAGAACAUCGGCGCCAAGCUGGUGCAGGACGUGGCGAACAACACCAACGAAGAAGCCGGCGACGGCACAACCACCGCCACGGUGCUGGCCCGCGCCAUCGCCAAGGAAGGCUUCGACAACAUCAGCAAAGGUGCGAACCCCGUGGAGAUACGCCGCGGCGUCAUGAUGGCUGUGGAAACGGUCAUCAGCGAGCUGAAGAAGCUCUCGAAGCCCGUCACGACCCCAGAGGAGAUUGCGCAGGUUGCUACGAUCUCAGCCAAUGGAGAUGUAGACAUCGGUAACAUCAUAUCCAAUGCCAUGAAGAAAGUUGGCCGCAAAGGAGUCAUCACUGUCAAGGAUGGGAAGACUUUACAAGACGAGCUUGAGGUGAUUGAAGGCAUGAAGUUCGACCGUGGUUACAUUUCACCGUACUUCAUCAACACUGCAAAAGGUCAGAAGUGUGAGUUCCAGGAUGCGUAUGUGUUGCUGAGUGAGAAGAAGAUCUCCAGUGUUCAGAGCAUCGUGCCGGCUCUGGAACUCGCCAACCAGCACCGCAAACCGCUCGUUAUUGUAGCUGAGGAUGUGGACGGAGAAGCCCUGAGCACCCUGGUUCUUAACAGGCUGAAAGUCGGGCUUCAGGUGGUCGCUGUCAAAGCUCCAGGCUUCGGUGACAACCGGAAGAAUCAGCUGAAAGACAUGGCCAUCGCCACUGGUGGCACGGUGUUCGGGGAUGAAGCUCUGGGUCUGGCUCUCGAGGACAUUCAGGCUCACGAUUUUGGCAAAGUCGGUGAGGUGCAAAUCACCAAAGAUGACACCCUGCUGCUGAAAGGAGGUGGCAACCCUGCUGACCUGGAGAAACGAGCAGCAGAGAUUGCGGAACAGCUGGAGAACACCACCAGCGACUACGAGAAGGAGAAACUCAACGAGAGGCUGGCCAAGCUGUCRGACGGCGUCGCUGUGCUGAAGGUUGGAGGAACAAGUGAUGUCGAGGUGAACGAGAAGAAGGACCGUGUGACGGACGCCCUGAACGCCACGCGAGCAGCUGUGGAAGAGGGCAUUGUGCUUGGAGGAGGCUGUGCUCUGCUGCGCUGCAUCCCCUCGCUCGACACCAUCAAAACUGCCAACACUGACCAGAAAAUCGGUGUGGACAUCAUCAGACGAUCACUCCGUAUUCCUGCCAUGACUAUUGCGAAGAACGCCGGCGUGGAGGGCUCUCUGGUAGUGGAGAAGAUCCUGCAGGGGCCACCUGAGAUCGGCUACGAUGCCAUGCAGGGAGAGUUCGUUAACCUGGUGGAGAAGGGCAUCAUCGACCCCACCAAGGUGGUGAGGACGGCACUCUUGGAUGCUGCAGGAGUCGCAUCUUUGCUGUCCACUGCAGAGGCUGUGGUCACUGAGAUACCCAAGGAGGAGAAGGAGAUGCCAGGAGGAAUGGGCGGCAUGGGAGGAAUGGGUGGAAUGGGAGGCGGCAUGGGUUUCUGAGCCAGUCUCCCUGACUUUGUACAGACUGAGUUAUCAGAUUGGAGUUGGAGGAGCAGAAUCCCCUCUCUUUAAACGACUGUAAUUAUGUUGGAGUUUCAAAUGGCUCAAAGAACUGAGAGCCAAGCAGGAGUCCUCAGUUUUCCACAGUGGCACAAAACCCAUCAUGUGCACUGCUCAGAGAGAUGAGAUGGUUCACCUGAAAGGAAGUCUGGUUUGUUUCACCCUGGUGUUUUUAGUGCUGAUAUUCUGCUUUCAUYAGUUCUACAGGAAACGCUAACAUGAAACUUUAUUUGCUGCAUGUCUGAUAUYCACUUUCUAAAUCAAAACUAGAAGAAAGCUGCACAGAGCCCCGAGUCAGAAUCAACACCGAACACUAAAAUCAACCAGGUGGAAAUAAACUAUAAUAACCUUUAGUGGACCACAGAGAGCAAGCUUCAGUGUCAAUGUUUGUGUUUGUAGUAUUCAGUUAAUUCUUUUUUUAAUAUACAUGUUUGUCAUCAGUGAUUUGAAUUAAACCAGUUUUCUUACAGACUGAGCAUUUUUAUUACAUGUGAACAGAGUGUCUAAACAAAUGACGAGGCCUGUUCAGCCUGAAUGUUUACMGAGUCAUUUUUCUUCAUCGUGCUCCAGAUGAUUUUGUUAGUGGGACGAGGAGGAAGGGUUCAUGUUUCUGUAUGACCUUUGUGAGCAGCUUACACUGUAAUACAUCAAGCAGGCAGUAGAUGGUGUCUGUGUUGCAGUGAACACUUCACUUAUAGACAUUGAUUUUUUUUUUUAUUUUGUGUAAUAAAUCCAUUUCUCUACAUUCAA